AUGGUAGAUACUUUAUGGCACAAUAGGAAUGAGUUCAUUUGGAACAAUGAAAAGGAGGAGGCAUUGAGGCUUGGGUGGUUAGCUUUCCACAAGUGGCAAGAGUGGUGGUUGGCUCAAAAUUCUCAAGAUGGCGAAACGACCCCCCUCCACACUCAUCAAUGGCUUCCACCCCCUCCGGGUUGGUUCAAGUGUAAUGUCGAUGCGGAUUUUAAUCGUAAUUGUGGUACUACUAAUAGAGGUUGGUGCAUUCGGGAUGAUUUGGGGAACUUUAUUACCGCGGGUGUCGCUUGGGAUGUGGGUUCUUCUUCUACUUUAGAAGCGGAGGCUUUGGCUUUGAAGGAAGCUAUCCAAGGAGCUUUAGCCCUCCAUCUUGAUCAUGUUGUUUUCUCGAGCGACUCUCAACAAGUGGUGCAAGCUAUCCAUUCAAAUUCCAUAGGAGGGUCCGAGUUCAGCGGCCAAUUCUUGGUCUCGACGUAG